AAAACAUGGCGGCGAACGUGGUGGGGAGAGUAUCACCAACUUGUUGUAGACUAUUUUUGGUCCCAGUUUCGAGAAAGAUAGCAAAACCACCUAGCUUUGUCGCCCGGCGAUUUUCAUCUAGUCUUAAAGCAAAUCUCAGACCGGUGUGUGUUCCUCAACAACAUUACUUCAGACGAUUUGGUGCAACGUUUACGGGUCAUGGAGAACAUGGCUCGCCUGUAGCUGACGAAGAAUUACAGAAGUGGUUAGAAGAGGCAAAAAACAAAAGUUGGCUAUGGAGAUAUUUUCACGACGUUGACGAAAUCGAGAGAAGCCUUAUGUCUGAACAAGAGUACAAUGAUCGGGAAAAAAUGGUUGAAAAGUUAAUGGAUAGAUACUUUGACAAGCCAGAUGCAAAGUUUGAUCUAGAUAUUUUCGAGGAGUCGAUUGAUCUGCUUAUCAAGUACAAUGACAGAGAUGGUGUGACAACAUUUUGGAGACUAAUGGAAGAGAUGAAUGUUGAACCUCCUGAAGAGCUCAGAGAGAAGGUUGAAACUUUCCUUGUGAAAGCAAGAGAGGCUUCAUGGUAUGAGUAGAACACUGCAGGAAAUUGAGAUUCUCAAACCCUUCAAUAAAGUUGAAGUCUGCUAAGAUGAAAAUUUUGCAACGAAAUGGUUUACCAUGUUGGUUUGGUUUUAGAGCUGGCUUGAUUGUUAGAUUGGUGGUAGUCUGGUCAAACACAGUCAAAUCACCUGGUACAGUCUUACAUUUUGAUCUUGUGAAUUUGUCUUCUCCCUCCUUAUUGUGAAAGAUUAAUCAAUCAAGGUGUAUUCCUUCAAAUCUUGUCCAAAUUUGAAUUGUAAAUUCACUGAAAAUUCUGAUAAUUUGACAUCCACUUUUUUGACUAGUUGUAAUGACCAAUAAUCUUUUUGACUAAACAAUUUUGUACAUACACAGUUUGCCAACUUAACUGCACAAUAUUGAAAGAAGAAAUAAACUUGGAGCAGGGCUCGAGAUCCCCUACAGUAUUUCAAUCUGUACCAGAUGAUUUGAUUCCAAUCUAAGUGUGUGAAAACAAGGCUAAGUUUAAAAUGAGGAUGUUAUUUUAUAAACUGUGCAUUGAAAAUAAACAGUGAUAUUUUAAGAGGUUGCGUA